GACGUCACAAAAGUAUUCUCCAGCUGGGAACGAUAAUGUCAUCAAAUUAGUGGAGAUUAUGGCGGUUCGUAGAUGAACGAAAUCUGAACGACAGAACAGUUAGGAUGCUGUUUGGAUUGCGAAUGCUUUAGUGAAAUCGCUACCAUUUAUUGCCUAAUAAGCAAAGCUAGAUUUGACGAUUUGGUUUGGCCUGAUUUGUAAUCCUGAUCAAGAACGAGCCUGCUGUUCUGCGCACAGGAUGGAUAACGUCUUGAAAUUCUCUAGGUUUUUUUACUCGAGAAAGAAAUAUGGGCGUAAGAUAGGCUUAUGAUCGAAACAAAAAUACUGCCAUGUCUCCAACAUGUAUUGAUGUGGAUUUCUAUCGCUGACCCAGUAUGCCGUGCUGCCAAUAGCGCUGCUUCGUGGUUUCCCCGUGUGACUAAUCUACCAAGCAGGAUUUUUUUUUAACGGUUCAGCGGCUCACGGGUGAAUUAACCCAAUGUAUAUCCUUGGAAAGAUCAUAUAAAUUGGAGGAGGAUGAACAUGGAUAUGCAAAUGUUUGUUUUAGAGGGAUACAAACGUUAACGAGCUGACAGAGUGGAACUUGUGCACUUUACACACAAACUUGUAUUCCCUUCCAGCAUCGACCUUUGCUGCCCGCACACUAUUGGAAUGUGUCUGCCAAUCAUCUUCUGUGUCGGUUAUCGUGAAUGCCAGAUUGAGAAUGACAAUUGCGAUACCCUGUUUUGUUUCAUCCGCACCGAUGCUUGCCAUCAUGCAACAGUAGCCUACGUUACUGUUAAUUGGAGUUCACUUUUAUCAGGGGAAUUUAUUAUCUAACUGUAUUGGAAAUCAUGUCGGGCUAAAGGGAACUUCAUCCUGAAACCACCUUCAAUCCACCAUACCAACCUCUAGCAGCUAACGUUAGAGGAAAACAUUCAAACGCCUCUCCGCUGUUUCACAACCGCGUCAGUUUGAAUAACCAAGCAAAAUGGGAGAACAACCGAUCUUCAGCACUCGGGCCCAUGUUUUUCAGAUUGAUCCCAACACCAAGAAGAACUGGGUACCAACCAGUAAGCAUGCAGUCACAGUCUCCUACUUCUAUGACAGCACACGUAAUGUCUACCGCAUCAUCAGUCUUGAUGGCUCCAAGGCCAUCAUUAACAGUACCAUCACUCCCAACAUGACCUUCACCAAAACAUCUCAGAAGUUUGGCCAAUGGGCUGACAGCCGAGCCAAUACAGUCUACGGCCUUGGCUUCUCCUCAGAGAGUCAAUUGGUUAAGUUUGCAGAAAAAUUUGCAGAGUUUAAGGAGGCCGCACGUCUGGCGAAAGAGAAGUCCCAAGAGAAGAUGGAACUGGCUACCACUCCUUCCCAAAUAACUCUUCCCUCUCCCACACAGGAAUUAGCAACAGGUGACCUCCAGUCACCUCUGACACCGGAAAGUGUUAAUGGCACUGAGGAUGAGAGGCUGAUGCCUGAUGCAACCCAGAACACAGACCUGCGUGUAGAUUCUAAUUCAAUGCUUUUCCCUCACAGCAGCUCCACCAUAACCAAGCACUGGGAGGCAGAGCUUACGGCCCUGAAGGGGAACAAUGCCAAGCUGACUGCAGCACUGCUGGAGUCUACAGCCAAUGUCAAGCAGUGGAAGCAGCAGCUGGCAGCCUACCAGGAGGAGGCUGAGCGAUUGCACAAAAGAGUGACGGAGCUAGAGUGUGCGAGUAGCCAAACCAGUGGUAUUAAGAUCCAAAAGACAGAGCUCAAUCAGACUAUAGAGGAACUGGAGGCAGUGCUGAAAACCAAGGAAGAGGAGCUGGAGCAGCUAAGAGAAAAAGUACAACAUGCCAAUCACCUGCAGACCCAAAGGGAUUCAGUUUCUGAGAAACUUAAGGAGACAGAGUUACAUAAUCAAGAGCUGGAGGUGCAACUUCGUGAACUAGAGCGACGUUUGGAGAGCAGUCAGCAUGAGCAGGAAGCCUUCAGGAAGAGCUUGGGUUCUCUGCUAGAGUUGCUAGAUGGCAAAAUCUUUGAGCUGACUGAGCUUCGUGACAGCCUUGCAAAGCUAAUUGAGGGCAGCUAGGGACUGCAGAAUCACUCACUGUAGGCAGAGAUUACUAAAUUAUGCCGUAGAGGCACAACUGAAUUGCUGUUUACACAUAUACUCAACACACAAACCUCACAACACACACACCUGUACAUGUUCACAUAUGUAUGCAAAUGUGUCUCACAUGCACAGAGAAACUCUCCACAUACAUAUACCCUCACACAGGAUCCCUGUGAGAAAAUUCUGGUACCAACACAAGGACAUGUGACCUAAGAGUUUUCUUUCUUUUUUCAUCUUUCCUUUUGUUCCUUUUUCAUCCCCUACCUAGUUUGUAUUCCGCUAUGAGGACUCCUCCAAGUGAGACUGGAUUUAUAUCCUGUGUGUUUGGUUCUCCUGUUGUUAUAUGCUAGGACAUUGCAGUGGAUUAUUUAUUUAUUUUUUCGCAGUGUCCUGUUCAGGAUUUUUUUCAAUAGUCAAUAUGAUUAUUGUAAUUGCAUAUGUAGGUGCCUGUACCAAGAGCCAUGUACAGACUGACUGACUUAUUGACUGACUGACUGACUGACUGAACUUGCCUGCUGUUAUCAGCUGUUCAUCAGAUGAACAGAUUCCGCCUCUGGUAAAAUGUCUCAGAAAUUCUGGGAAAUUGAAAGACUAGGACUAAGAUAAGCAAUCCAAUUUCCAAGCCAAAAUCUCUGGCCCUCUCUUGGUGGCUUCAUGAUCCCUUUUACAGAUGAGCGCAGUCAUGUGGUCAACGUUCAAAAAGUGAUAUCUAAAUUGGACAGGAACACUCCACUAUUUGAGCAAUACAAAAUAAACCAAUGGAUGAGACUGAAUAAUGGGAAUGCAGUCUCACUAUCAGGUAUCUACUUCCUUCUUUUUAACAUGGGGCGGGGACAACAUCCAUCAUCUAUGAUUUUUUUUAGAAAAAUAUGAAUACUUGGAAUUUUUAGUGCACGUGUGGGAAAAAAAAGCCUUGUAUGAGUUAAAUGAAACAAGUGAUGUUUACUUGUUAUCAUUUUGUUCCAUUCCUUUUAAGAUGCAUUCUUUCUUGGUUAUGUGUGGAUAUAAAAAUAAUUGCAAACAUUGCUAUUCAUUAUUUAAUUAAAUUAGAAAUGUGUAUAUAUCAGUUGGCCACAUGACAUAUUUUUCAAUGUUUGAUAUAUGAAUGUCCUGGUUUUUUGAAGUAAUGGCAAUAUUUUUCAACUAUUUAAAAGUGGAUAUGAAAGAUAAAUAAUGAAGAUAAGAAUUUUUUUCCUUUGCCAAAAUGUUUUCCUGUACAACCUUUUUGCAAGAGUUGCCUUUGGUACAAAGCCAUGCGUCAAGGGUAACUGAUUAUGGUACUUUUGUGGGGUCAUUAUUGCCAAAAAUCUGUGUCUGAUGUAAAACAAAUAAAAUACAAUACAAACUUGGAACUCUUUAAGGGCUUGUAGUUGGUUCUCAUGCACUGGAAACAGUUUGAUGAGUAUGUAGUAGUAUGACUUUCUCAUACAUUUUA